CGACUUGGGGUUAAAAAUGUCUUUUUGUAACAACUUGCUACUUCACGGUUCUUAGUCGUUAGUUUCCAGUCAAAUGUUUGACUAACGACUUUGUAAACAACCGUUAACCCAAACCCUAGAACCAAUUCCUGGGAAGAGAGUGAAUGUUGCUCAUGCUAGUGACAGAAUUGAGGAAGAGAAUUCAUCGCGAAGCGAUUAUUCCAUUUAGGGGCACAUGCAGGGAAGCCUACUCAACUCACUAACCGUUCGAGCAAUUUCAAGCCGAUAUAGCUAAUGUGGAUUUGUGAUUGAGCUAUUGCGAUUGAGUUGCUGCUGCGAUUGAGCCAAAGCUUGCUUAUAUUAUCUGUCUUGAUCGUUUGGAGUGUGGUGUGCAAUUUUUUGGUGGUGGGGAACAACUUCAAUGGCUAAGAAUCGAAAUUCAAGUUCUGAAACAAAAGUUCUAUCAACUCAACUGUUUUUGGAUGAUAGUGUUAGUGUUGGUGGCAGAGUAAAGGCAAAGGGCGAGGUCAUCAAGCAACAAGUGGAAGUGUUUGGUCGGCCACCUAAUAUGAAAUGUCGUAUUGAGACAUUUUCCAGAAUAUGCCACACAUUUGAUGAGAGGAGAACCCGUUGGGUUAACGAAAUGGGUUUUGGUGGGUUGUUGAAUAUUCCAAUGGACAUGCACUUACCUCGGCAGUUGGGGUAUUGGUUAAUGAGUCGUAUUGAUCCUUUGGUUAUCGGCUUGCAUAUAAUCAAAAUAUGCCAUCAUGGCUUGUGCAUCUCCACCAGCCAUCUUCAAUCUCCUUUGCUUAUACACCUCGUGUUGAAGAUCCUUCACGCUAGGCAAUCGUAUGUUCUCAAGCCCUAAACAACCACGAAUUUGAGUAACCGUUACACCUUGCUCAAAAAAAUUCACCAACCUCCUUCGAACGUUGAUGUCAAUUUCUUCAUCCGAUACUCUUUAACCAAAUUUUCCAUGGUAGGGGACAGAUCGUGAGUAUGCUCCAAGACUACAGUUCUCAAAACCCAUAAACCAUCACUGUUCAUACUCCCAUAAACCCUAGCUAGGCACUCACAUUUUUUAGAUUUACGUUUUCCUUGAUCAAGCUCUGUCUCACCAAUAAGACCCUUCACAUUUGCUCCGCUUCCCCCAACUUCCAUGAACUUAGCCCUUUUCUUUGCAUCACGCUUUGCCCUCAUAUCCGGUGACUCCCAACAUUCACACCUCCAAGUUAUUGCCCUCCUCACUUUUGUAGUAGUGUAUGAUCCUUGCACCCUACUCACCCCAAAUCCACACUGCUCCGCGUAAGUUUUGUAGUACAACUCAAUUUCCUCCCACCGUUUAAAUAGCAUUCCCUCUUUAGGAGGGUCAACACUUGCAUCCACAAUCUCCUCAGUACUGGAAAUAAGGGUUUGCAAUGACUUCACCGUAUGCGUUGGGGAAUGGGAUUGGGGUGAAUUCCUAGUUUUGUCAUUGAAACAAGAAGGGAGUGUGUUAUUUUCUUUGGUGUGAGACAAGGUAAUGUUCUCCAAACACUCUGCACUCAUAGCUUCUGCUCCCUCUUGCUGAUUGUCAUCUACACCUAUCUCCAACAGCGUACCAACCUCGUGUUCAAUUUCAACUACACCUAUGUCCAACAAGGGACCAACCUCUUGUUCAGUUUCACCUACGACACACUCCAUCAAGGUACCAAUCUCUUCACAGUUCCCUCCUAAAGGAACUACUCCAUCUUCUUCCAUUUCAGACAUGAGAUCAAGCACCUACUAGCAUAUAUAUAUAUA